GUCAUUCCGUGUUUCGUCGAUCCUUGGCGGAGUCACCGAGCGCUCGGUACCGGGGGAGUUUAAUCCCGCAUGAACAUCAGGCUUUAAGCAAGUACAGUCCGUCGCUAUGAGGCUCCGUUUAGCCGGAGCCGUGCUGAUGUCGGCGGCCGCCUACUACGUCUACUUGCCGCUGCCGAGCGGCGUGAGCGAGCCGUGGAAGCUGAUGCUGCUGGACGCGCUGUUCCGGAGCUUCAUGCAGGCGAGUGACGUGGCUCACAAGCUGGGUGUGUGCCAUCGUGUCCACAUGUUGAACCAGGUGGUGUCCUGGGUGGAGGUGAUCGAGGCUCGCUCCUGCCCCGCCGUGCACGUGACCGACUCCACGCUGGGCGGCGUGCCCACCCGGGUCUUCCAGCCGAAAGGGGGGAAGCAGCUGAAAAGGGGGGUCCUGUAUUUCCACGGUGGAGGAUGGGCGCUCUGCAGCGGACGGAUGCGAUCAUACGACCGGCUCUGUCGGAAAAUGGCGGAGGACCUGGACUCUGUCGUCAUAUCGGUCGAUUACCGUCUUGCUCCAGAGGCGGUGUUCCCGGACCAGUACCACGAUGCGUUAGCGGCGUCCCGGGCUUUCCUGUCCCCUCAGGUGUUAGAGCGAUACAGCAUCGAUCCAGAGAGGGUGUGCGUGUCUGGAGACAGCGCCGGGGGAAACCUGGCGGCCGCUGUGGCUCAGGAGCUCAGCUCAGAUGACACGCUGACAGUGAAGUUCAAGGCCCAGGCGUUGAUCUACCCCGUGCUGCAGGCGCUCGACUUCCAUACCCCGUCCUACCAGCAGAACCAGGCCGUGCCCAUCCUCUACAGGCCUGUCAUGGCUCAGUUCUGGCUGCAGUACCUGGGCGCCGACUCCUCCCUGGAGCCCCUCCUGCUCGCUAACAACCACAGCUCCCUGGACCAGCCGGCCAUCAGCGCCGACACGCGCUCCAAGCUGAACUGGACCGCUUUGCUCCCGGCUGAACGCAGGAGGCACUUUCGGCCGGUUGUGAAAGAAACGGGGUCGCCAGGGGUGAUGGGCAUGAUACCGGAGCUGCUGGACGUGAGGGCGGCGCCGCUGCUGGCAGAGCAGCGGGUUCUAAGUAGGACGCCUAAAGCAUACGUGAUGACCUGUGAGUUUGACGUGCUGAGGGAUGACGGCUUGAUGUACGCAAGGCGCCUGCAGGACGCCGGCGUGACGGUGUACAGUGAUCACUACGAGGACGGAUUUCAUGGCUGCAUGGUGUUUGCGUACCUGCCAAUGAUGUCUCGCGUUGGACUGAGGAGCAUGAACAACUAUAUCCGCUGGCUGGACCAGAAUCUGUAGACGAUCAACGUGCUCCAGAUCCUCGUGAACCAGGAUCUCUGGAUGUUGUUUGUGGCACCGAAGAUGUCCUGGAGCCAAGCGUCUGGUAUUUCAGAGAGCUCCCUGUUGGAUCAUGUGUCCUCAUGUCUUUGGUAAUCAAGUGUAAUCCAUGUGGGGGGCCAAAAUGGACUAAAAAAAAUCAAACCUGUAACCUAGAAGGUCACAGGUUUGAUCCACUGUCCGUCAGUAGCAACGCGUCCUGAACAAGACAAAAGAUAAAACAUCAACUGCUUUGGAUCGGAGCGUCUGCGUAACAUGUCAAAUUUAAAAACAGUAGAUAAGUUGCUGCAAUGUGAUCACCUACUCUCCUGUGUACCUAGUGUGCACCUGGAGGAUUAAAGUUAUAUCCACUAGGGGGCAAAUCAGGGCCGAAUCAUCAACCCUGACAGGCACCAGAAAACCUCUUUAUUUUGAAACUUAUCUAAACAAGGUGACACCAAAGAAGGUUACUUUAAUUGUUAAGUUUCUCUUUAAAACUCAUCUUGUUGUUGUGCAGCGGUUAUUUACUUAAAACAUCAACGCAUUGCUGCUGAAAAUCUCUGGGCCUGCAGGUCUAGAGUCAAAUCAAGCACAAGGCGUCCCCCCUGAAACCAAAACACUUCCAAUCAAAUGUAACCAAAGAAAGUGACGCUUUCACACUUAAGUCAGAGGCCAUAAAUCCAAUGCAAACCAACGGCUGGAUACUUGAGGCUCAUUAUUUUCAUUAUUAAAACACUAGAGACGACAUGUUAAACAACAUUCACGUAUUACUGAUACGUAAACCAGAACUACUGCUCAUAGUAUCAGUGAUUAAAUAAAAGUGAGAGCAUCCAGAACAAAAACCAAAAAACACUUUUUGUGUUUUAAACUCCAGAUUUAGCUUCUUUUUUGUUUGCUGUUUUGAUUUUCAGGAUUCAAUACUGAAUAGCAGGAAAUGUUUUCACAAAAAUGCUCGAACUUCAUUUGUUUUAAAAUCCUUACGAAUCAUAAGUUUGUUUCAUGGCGCAUGAAAGGAGACACACCUGCAUCGGAGGUGUCCGGUUAUACCGUCCGUUACAAGAAUCCAGAAACCAGUCGCAGCUCAACACUAUGUCCUUUUUUCUUGUCUUGUUUAUUUCUAACUUUGAGGGAUAUUUCACAGCUCAUUCACGUUUAAUCCCCAGUUUUAUUCUGUUCAUCAUUCUCUGACCCGUCUCCAACCCGUCGCGUGUGCGCCACGGUUUUGUUCUGUCCUCUGCCCGGCGUCAACGUCUACUGGAAGCGUUUAGCCUGCCCCACAAUAUUGACUUGUUAAUUUGUCAUUUUUGUGCUUUUCCUACGUUCUUCACAGCUGUAUUCGCGCUGUAUUCCCACAGGGAGCUUUUUUGUGCUUCUAUCAUAGUUAACAUGUAACAUCUAAACAUGUCAGCAAAAUCACGCAGGCUAAGCGCUCUUAUUCUGAAAUUCUUCCUGUGAGCUGGUUAAGAUAUAAUGUGCUCCUUAAAUUUAAAAAAAGCCUCCGGUAUCUUUCUUUAAAAACUUAAAAAUGAAGAGCCUUGAAUAUUCUUACAAUCUGACUAGUUUUAGAGGUCAAAGUCACUCAGACGUUUUCUUCAGCUUUUAGUCUUUUAAGCACUGAGACACACUGUGUGUGUGUGUGUGUGUGUGUGUGUGUGUGUGUGUGUGUGUGUGUGUGUGUGUGUGUGUGUGUGUAAAAGUAUGCCAGAGUUCACAUGUGCUAACUCACUGGAUUGUGCAAUAUUGUAUAUUUGAAAGCGUCCCUCACCCCCUGUAACUCCACUCUCUGGUGACCUCUGUAGGGCCAAUGCACUGCUGAUGAUGAUGAUGAUGAUGGUGAUAGCUGUGAAAUGCAUGCGAGAGAAUUAUUGUAUAUCACCACGAGAGAAGAGAUCCCAAAUGGACUAUCGUGUUUCCUUCCCCCACCGCUGCUGGCCCAAAA